AUGCAUGAGGAUUUUUUGAACGAAAAAAUACAGCUUGGUUAGUGAAUGAUAUACCGACAAAGUUGUGGAAAAACGUUUUCGGAAUCAAUAUUUUAGCGUAAAAUAUAAAAGUACGUUAGCAAAGAUGAGUGUCGAGGAAGAGGUUUUCAAAAUACAAAGGAAAAUGCAAAAAAUUACAUCCAAUGAUGGUACGGGACAAGAUCAAGCACUGGAUCUACUAAAAUCAUUGCAAACUCUCAACAUCAAUUUGGAAAUAUUAACUAAAACACGCAUUGGUAUGACUGUUAAUGAACUGCGCAAGAGUAGCAAAGAUGAGGAAGUAAUAGCAUUAGCUAAAACGCUUAUCAAAAAUUGGAAACGAUUUCUUGCUGCGCCGAGUGGUUCAACUGGUAGCUCUUCGAAAGAUACAAGCGGUAGUAAUAGCACUUCUAAAUCAUCCGCCAGCAAAUCGAGCUCAUCGUCAUCAAGCAAGGACAAAGAGAAGAGUUCGUCAUCAUCGAGCUCUUCAAAAGAUAAAAAACGUGAUGAGGAAAAGAAGUCUAGCUCGAGUGCAUCGUCCUCUUCGGCGAAAGAUGAACGCCGACCAGCGCAAUCGUCAUUCCCUAGCACUGGUGGUCUAACUGAUGCGGUGCGUCUCAAAUGUCGUGAAAUGCUAUGCAAUGCGCUUAAAGUUGGCGAUAUCAUGGAGGGUUGUCCGGAACCCGAGGACAUGGCCACUGAGUUGGAGGACGCAAUAUAUAUGGAAUUCAAGAAUACCGACAUGAAGUAUAAAAACCGUGUGCGCUCACGUGUAGCCAACUUAAAGGAUGCAAAGAAUCCCACAUUACGCAGCAAUUUCAUGUGUGGCGCUGUUACGGCGCAACAAUUGGCGCGCAUGACACCCGAAGAAAUGGCGAGCGAUGAAAUGAAGAAGUUGCGCGAGAAAUUCGUGAAGGAAGCUAUUAACGAUGCGCAACUGGCAACGGUACAGGGUACAAAGACCGAUCUGCUUAAGUGUGGUAAAUGUAAGAAGCGCAACUGUACGUACAAUCAGUUACAAACCCGAUCCUCCGAUGAACCCAUGACGACAUUCGUCAUGUGCAAUGAGUGCGGCAAUCGCUGGAAGUUCUGCUGAAGUCGAGAAUUUAUAACAGAAAAAGCCAGUCAUUUUCUUCUUAAAGUUUACUUAUAAACUUACGAUUUUUUUAAUUUGCAUCUUUGCAUUCAAUUGUAAAAUGAAAGGAAAACAAAAUGCUACGUGACAUCUUAGUAUUUUGUGGAAAUUCCUGUUAUAAUUUUUAUUAUAAAUAUAUGUAAUUAAUUAAUUCAAGGUUUUAAUUGAAAACAAAGUGCGAAGUCACCAAUUUAGAAUGUAUCGCAAAAGCCUUAGAAAUGCGAAAGAGGACACAUGUUGAUGAAGAAUGAAUAAAUAUAAAGUGUAAUUAAAUGAGUUCCAGUUAAA